GGCCCCCCUCUCAACGUCACCAGCCAGUGGUUUUUCGGGUUGAUCUGACUUCUUUUGGCUGCCGAGAGUUCACUGUAUUGUAAAGGGUACUGUGAAUCCUAGAGGAGGAGGGGGGGUUGAUUUGCCAAAAAUUCUCCCGCUUGGGUACACAUCCGGAGUCUCGACGAUCAUAAUUUAUCGCACCCUUUACCUUUUAAGAUACUGGGUUUUAUUGUUUUUAUUAAUUUAUUCUAUUUCUCUUAGUUUAUGGUUUACGUUAACACUCCGGGAGGGCAGAAAUGGCGGCCAACAUGUACCGGGUCGGAGAUUAUGUAUUCUUUGAGAACUCCUCCAGUAACCCUUACCUGAUCCGGCGGAUAGAAGAACUCAACAAGACGGCCAGUGGGAACGUGGAGGCCAAGGUGGUUUGUUUCUACAGAAGAAGAGACAUCUCCCACAGCCUCAUCCAGCUUGCAGACAAACAUGCAAAGGAGUUGGAAGAAGAGAAGGAGAGCCCGACAGAGACAGACCUAACAGAAAAACAGAAACACCAGCUUCGCCACAGAGAGCUCUUCCUCUCCCGGCAGUAUGAGAGUCUACCUGCGACACACAUCAGGGGGAAGUGCAGUGUCGCAUUAUUGAACGAGACUGAAGCUGUUCUUUCAUACCUUGACAAAGAGGAUACAUUUUUCUACUCACUGGUGUACGACCCAACACAGAAGACCCUGCUGGCCGACAAAGGAGAGAUCAGAGUGGGGCCACGCUUUCAGGCAGAUGUACCUGAAAUGCUACAAGAGGGUGAGGCAGAUGACAGGGACCAGUCCAAGCUGGAAGAGAAGCUGUGGUAUCCAGAGUGUCCACUUACCAGCAAACAGAUAGACCAAUUCCUAGUGGUGGCACGGGCGGUUGGGACCUUUGCUCGAGCGUUGGACUGCAGCAGCUCGGUUAGACAGCCAAGCUUACACAUGAGUGCAGCUGCUGCCUCACGAGAUAUCACGCUGUUCCAUGCGAUGGACACGUUGCAUCGUCAUAAUUACGACCUGUCUAGUGCCCUGAGUGUACUGGUCCCAGCGGGCGGCCCGGUGCUCUGCAGGGAUGAGAUGGAGGAGUGGAGCGCCUCGGAAGCUGCCAUGUUCGAAGAGGCACUAGAAAAAUACGGAAAAGACUUCAACGACAUUCGACAAGACUUUCUGCCAUGGAAGUCUCUGACUAGCAUCAUAGAGUACUACUACAUGUGGAAGACCACAGACAGAUAUGUGCAACAGAAGAGACUGAAGGCAGCGGAGGCGGAGAGCAAACUGAAGCAGGUUUAUAUCCCCACAUAUAACAAGCCCAACCCCAACCAGAUCUCAGUGACUAAUGGCAAGAUGGCGACAGUGAAUGGAGCGGGCCCUGGGGCCUACCAUGCAGCAGGCGGGGGCAGAGCCUGCGAGAGCUGCUAUACCAUGCAGUCAGCCCAGUGGUACUCAUGGGGACCUCCAAACAUGCAGUGCCGCCUUUGUGUUUCCUGCUGGAUGUACUGGAAGAAGUACGGAGGCCUGAAGAUGCCAAGCAGAGCUGAGGUCCCAGAGGAGAGGACCUCCCCCAGUCCAGCAACCAAUGAGCCUCGCUCACGGGGUCAUGCUCCUCGCCAGUCCAACCACAUGGUGCCGAUGCGAAACAGCGGCAGCCCCAAGUCCUCCAUGAAGACCAAGCAGGCUUUCCUGCUGCAGGCCACCCGCCUCACCAAGCUGGCCCGGCAUAUGUGCCGUGACAUCAUCAGGCUGCGCCGUGCUGCGCGCCGGCCCUUUGUCCCCAUUAACUGUGGGGCCAUAAAGGCAGAGUACAUGUUAAGGGUGUCGGAAGGGCAGGGGACUCGCCUACCCAAAACCAGAGCCGCCCAAAGGAGCACUCUGACCAGUGUUCUGCAGUUUCUAGAGUCCCGUCCGGCAGCCCACAACUCUCGCUCCCACCGCACCCCUGGCCUGCAGACGCCUCCCCCUCGACGCCUCCUCUCCUCUCUCCCACACGGCCCCCACGGCAUGCUGGGAAAACGCAGCUACCAUCACCACAGCAGGGCUGAGCCGGACAGACGCUCAGAUAACCUUGGUACCACAGGUGGACCCCUCCUGCAUAACGGCCGUAGCAGCAGCAGUGGAAACACCCGAGGUGGAGUGAUGAUCCGCAAGAGACGCCCCAACUGGAUCGAUGCCCCUGAUGACAGCUUCUUCCUUGUCACCCGGGAGACCAGGAGGGCCAGACGGCUGCUGUCCCGCUCCCAGCUGAGGCAUGCUUGUCGGCAGCCAUGCGAGCAGAUUACCCUGCGCAGGGUCACUCAGGGCCCGCCGCAGGGGCUCGUCCUUGCCCCUCCGCACCCUCACCCCAGCCUGAGGAUGCGAGGCCCCAUCGUCAUCCACGACUAACCCAACACGGAUCCUCUGACACCCCUGCUGCAUACACACUAACACAUUCUCACCUCCUAUUCUCCUUCUUUAUUCCUUAAAAUUCCUUUCCCGCUAAAAAUGCUGUAAUAAUCCUGAACACUUAAACAAGCUGUCUAACUAUUUGGCAACAGAAGGAUGUCAUGAGCCGUGAUGCAAUAGAAACUUACACCUGACUGCAAGUGCUGCCUGUCUUUAAUCCUGGGAAUGUGUUUGUAUGUGUAAAUACUAUAUUUGGGUGCAUGUGAGUGAGUGAGUGAGUGAGUGACUGAGUGUUUGUGUGUGUGUGUGUGUGUGUGCAAUCAUGCCAACAUGAAUGAGCGAGGUAAUGUUGACGUGUGCUGUUCUUAAUUUUUAUGGAUGGACUUAACGACAGAACUUUGUGUGACUUUUUUGUGUCGAUGGUGAAUUGAUGUGAAGUUCUAUCAGUUUGUAUAAAGUUAUUUUGGGUGGGGGCAUGGGGCUGGAUUAGGAUGGGGUGGGGCGGGGGGUGGAAUUGCGUUUGUGGGGACUGAGGUUCUUUUAACAAUGAAUAAGAGGCAAAUGUCCAACGCCGACGUUAAAAAGAAAAUGCACUAUAUGUAGACUGAACUAGCAGCCCUUUUUUUUUUCUUUUUUUUUAACGGCUGCUUUGAAUUGUGUUUUACCUGCAUUUUUUCACGCUCUUCUUGAAGUUUAUAUCAAUGAGCUGAAGCUGGUGUUGAAAAAUGAUGAUCUGGAGACAUUAUUUCACAAAAAGCUGUCAGUUAUUCAUGACAAAUCUGCAGGUCUGAAAAUAUAACAAGGCAAAGAAAUAGAGAGCUAGCUUACAUCAAACAGCAAAAGCCUCCCUUAUGAACCAGUGUAUUAUAUAUUGUAUAUCUCAUUAAAGCACUGUAAAUCUACUCAUCCUAUUUCUAUGGCCGACUGUACCUACCUAGCCCUGACAUGGGUACUAAAGCACUUCCUUUGCAACAGAAAGGGCAUGGAUCUGUCAUAUCUUCCUCGAGGCUGUGAUGUACCGGCAAUAUUUUGAGGCAAAGAAGAGCAACUUUGCCAGCAGCUGUUUGCUCAUAUUCAAUUAAAUUUCUUCAUUGUUCUUAUAAAGUCAUUAGUCAAGUUUAUCCUGUUUUCAGACAUGUCUCUCUCUCUGCUGCAUGUUGCCAGAGGACGUUGCCUCAAAAAGUUGCCCAUCCAGCCUUCAGGUGUGUUUAAUUAUGAGUUUUAAAACUGGCAUCGCCGCAGCAUGUCCUUGAGGUGAGAGCCUCCGCUGAUGAUUUCUUCUCUUUCAUUCAGAAUGUUUAUGUUAGUGUUUCCUGUAUGUCACGUGUUGAAUUAUGAAUAUGCUGA